AUAUUAUUAUCUUUAUUUAAAAUUUUAAAUAAAAUGAAUUGUGUUUCAAUUAAUAUUUUCGUGACUAUAGGAAUAUCUUUGCUUCACUUUGCGAAGGCUCAAUCUCCUUGUCCUGAUAUUUUUGAGUACAAAAAUGACGAUAAUGGUGUAUAUGGACUUUUAACAUUGAAACCCGAUGGACGAAAAUCAACAAUAACAGUUAGAACCAAUUUUACGAUAACAGCGAAGUUAGCAUCUGAAUACGUUGGCAACAUCCGACCUUAUGGAGGUGCCAAUGCAAUCACGGAUUACAAUAGAGGCCAAACUAUACAAUACAGAGUAAACCUGCCAGUGAGUUCUCCACUUCCCAAGAUAACAGCUAUAUAUGUAAACGAAGAUCUUGUAUGUUCGGAUAGCCCAGAUACAUUGGAGACGAGUAAUUACGUGACAACAAUAUCUCUUCAGCACACACUAUACGCGAACUCGGGAACCAAAAUUAUUUAUGGAAAUACCCGACCAUCAACAUUCACGCCUAUCAAAUAUAACAUACAGAAUGACCGAUUUAUACACAAUAUACCUGCGAUAUUUAAGGAAGGGACAACCGCAGGAUUAUUUCAUUACAAUUUCAACGGACCAAUUAGAAAUUCAAUUAAUUUUUCAUCAAGCUUUUUUGAUAAUGAUGCCUUACUUGGUAACGGUCCUUCAAUAGCUGUUCAGCCAAUAAGGAAACCUCCGCAGACACCUGUUCGACGAAAGCCGCCCACUCCACCACCAGUACAAAAACCGGAUCGCGAUUCCGGAACAUCGUCUCGUGUUUCUGACAAUAAUUCUGGUGCAGAGGACUUUUCUAAUAUACAAUGCGGGCAAGGCAAAAUAGGUGUGCCCCUAAUCUGGCACGGGCAGACGUACCCGCGUGGCGAGUGGCCCUGGCUCGUCGCCAUUUACCAGACCGUAGCACGGACGCUCACCUUCGUGUGCUCAGGAACUCUGAUAUCUGACCGACAUGUCCUCACAGCUGCCCACUGCAUGACUAACAAGCAGGCGUCAGACAUGAUCGUGAAGAUAGGCGUUUACAACUUGGACGAAUGGGGCGGAGACGUUGAGAUGAGAAAGCUCCAAGCGGCGGAUGUGCACGAAAAUUACAGCAAAGUUAACUUUACAAAUGAUAUUUCACUAUUCACAUUGGAGAAGUCAGUAGAGUUCAACAGUAACAUCAAACCGGCGUGCUUGUGGGGCACAGAUGAUAAUCUAGACCGCAUAGCUGGACACACUGGAGUGGUUACCGGUUGGGGAGACAACGAAUCGGGCAAAGGUGGGCAUGGCGAUCCCAGAAUGAUCCGAUUACCUAUCGUGACGAACAGGGAAUGUCGGGCGACUAGAUCUGAAUUCCAUAAGCUCACAUCUGACACCACUUUAUGUGCAGGUAAUCGAGAUGGUUCGGGCCCAUGUGCGGGUGACUCAGGCGGUGGACUAUUUGUCUUGGACGACGGCCGAUGGAGAGUCCGUGGCAUAGUUUCUCUUGCUCUAUCAGCCAAAUCUGCCGAAAAGCCAUGCAAUCUCGACGAAUACGUCAUCUUCACGGACGUUGCUAAAUACAAGUCGUGGAUAAAAAGACAUAUGGCAUUUUCGUAAUGAAAUAAUACGUGAUAUAUUUACUGCAUUUUUGUUAUAAUUAAUGGACAAUGUUUUUGUUGUAUUGGAGUAAUGUGAAAAUGUAUGUUUUCGUCAUUGGUUUUUUGUCAAAGUCGAUUUAGUUUUUUCUUCCGAG